AAGACUUUCGUCACUAGUUACUUCGUAAGUUGUUCAUUACUACUUUAAAAGGUACUUGUACACAGACAAUCGCAAAAAUGGGUCACGGUAUGAGUUCAGAACUUUCCUUCAAGAAAUGGGGUGGGCACGCAGCAAUAAGAUCAUACUCAGCGGAAUUUAUUGGCAUGUUUUUCUUUCUCUUUGUGACCAUCGGAGUGGUCUGCUCGUUCUACGGCGCCUUAGCAGCGAGUGUGGAGGAUUUACUGCCACAGGUUUUUAGUGGUACGGAACGACAAGUGGAUCCGGCGUAUCAACCACAAGUCGGUGGGAAGUAUGCUUUCAAUACAGCCAUGGUGCUCACUAUCGCUUUCGCGUUCGGAAUGUCAAUUAUGGUGCUGGUUUUCUCGAUUGCACAUAUAAGUGGCGGUCACCUGAAUCCAGCAGUUACUAUGGCUAUGAUUUGUUUCGGUAAGAUCAAUGUCAUACGAGGCAUAGGGUAUAUUAUAGUUCAAACCCUGGGUGCCACAUGUGGUGUAGCCAUGGUGGAUGCUUUGUGGCCAAAUCAAGUUACCGAUGCUGUUGCCUUUGGUGCUAACGGAUAUGACCACAAUGUUACCAGCACUGCUCAGGCGUUCUUCAUAGAGUUCUUUGGUACUGCCCUGCUAGUCUUUACCAUUUUUGGUACUGCAGUUGACCCCAGAGGAUCCGAAUUCGCGCAUCACAACGCCCCUAUCGCUAUUGGCUUCGCAGUGUUCCUAGCACAUAUUAUGAUGAUUCCUGUUACAGGAUGUGGAAUCAAUCCAGCCCGUAGUUUUGCAUCAGCUGUGGUUUCAGGCUCUUGGGACGAUCAGUGGUUAUACUGGGUAGCGCCACUCUGUGGUGGACCAUUUGGAGGUGCACUCAACUACUUCGCGUUCCAAUGGAAGAACAACCCCGAGGACGAGGCAGGUAUUAUGGCCGCCGGAGCUCAAGAAGGUGACCCCGAGUUGGCAGAACGUCACACGCCAGCAGCCGUGGCCGGGCAGGAGUCCACAGUGGGUGUACAGAGCACCGCCCCUGUGACUACCCGCUCGAAGUAAACUGUGAAGCGUCAGAUAUCAAUAACGCGAAGGGUUGAGUUUGAUAGUGAUACUUAAAAAGUAUAAUAUAGGAUAAGGUAUAGAGAGAGGAUUGCGCUCACAAUUGCACUCCCGAAGAAAAUCAUAAUGGAUGCCAGGGUACGAAUAGAAUGAACUCAUCCGAACACGGACGAGAACUUCUGCUGGAUGGUAUCUUACUCAAUCAGAGUGUGCAUAUGCCGACUGCCAGAUCUUAGCAUCCCUCGAGUGCUCCAGUAUUCUCAUGCCCAAUUAAACUAAGAGGUCACACGGGUAUCCCAUGAAACUGUAUUGCGGCGCGGAAUACGCGGUAACAUACAUCUGCGAGCAUCACUAGGUUGUGGAGAUCACGCAAGCGAAGCGGACUUCAAGCGCAAGUGAAGGCAAGACCUGUGCCUAGUCGAAAAAUUAAACACAUGUACAGCAAUCACUUUCAGAAAAUUAAUUGGAAAUUGGGA